AUGCUUACUGGUAUUUCAGUUGACCUUGGAAGCAUAAAUGACCUUAGAAAAACUGCAGUUAUAAACAAUGAGCUCUCUAGACUUGAUGUCGACAUUGUUGCACUGCAGGAGACGCGCCUUGCAGAGGCAGCUAGCCUACGCGAGAAAGACUAUACCUUCUAUUGGCAUGGUAAGCCAAAAGAUGAGAGAAGGGAGCAUGGUGUCGGCUUUGCUGUGAAGAAUAGUCUGUUGAAAAUGAUUGAACCUCCAACAAACGGCUCUGAACGUAUUCUCACAAUGAGACUCAACACCACCACUUGCCCUGUGACACUCAUCAGUGUCUACGCGCCAACUCUCAUGGCCUCCUCUGACACAAAAGAUGAGUUUUAUGAAAAUCUCUGUGCCACCCUUCUGAAAGUUCCUCCAAAAGACCAAGUUAUUUUACUUGGCGAUUUCAAUGCCCGUGUUGGUAGUGACUACGAGGCUUGGCCUUCUUGUUUAGGCAAACUCAAUGUUGGCAAAGUUAAUGAAAAUGGUCAGAGACUUCUUGAAUUUUGCACGCGUCUCAAUCUUUGCAUUGCUAACUCAUUCUUUCAGACUAAACCUCAGAAUAAAGUUGCUUGGAGACAUCCACGCAGCAAGCAUUGGCAUCAGCUUGAUCUUGUGCUUGUUCGUAGAUCAAACCUCAAUUCCAUCAAAGUUGUUCGUUCUUAUCACAGUGCUGACUGUGAUACUGAUCAUUUGCUUGUUUGUUGCAAAGUUAAGCUCUCUCCAAAAAAGAUGUUCUUUUCUAAGGCUAAGGGAAAGCCUCGUCUGAACACUGCAAACAUGCAGGAUCCUGUGCUUGUGUCACAAUUUACAAACCUUUUUGAAAAGGAAUAUUCAAUCAUAGAGUCAGAUCCAGCUGAAAAGCGAUGGCAGUCUUUGAAAUCUGCAAUGCACAGCUGUGCACUUGCAACCUUUGGUAGAAAUAAAACCAAGUCUUCUGACUGGUUUGAGACAAAGUCUAAGAUACUUAAUCCUGUUAUUGUGAAAAAGAGGCAAAUGCAGUGCGUGUACAACAAGCACCCCAGUAGAGAAAAUCUGUACAAGCUCCGGCAAGCCAGAAAUGAGGCCAAGCAGAUGGUCAGGCGUUGCGCCAAUGACUACUGGAUGGAGCUGAGUCAGCGCAUUGAAAAUGCCUCUGCUACAGGCAAUAUCAGAGCCAUGUAUGAGGGCAUUACGACUGCAACAGGGCCUACUCAGAUCAAAUCUGCCCUCUUGAAAUCCUCCUCCUGGAGAACUUAUUGUGGACAAGGGCAGAGCACUGUUUCUGAGUCCGCACUUGCUGCGAUGGAGCAACUUAGCGUUUUACAUGAGCUUGAUGAGAUGCCUACAAUCUCUGAGCUGAGUAAAGCUAUUGACCAGCUUGCCCCUGCGUUUGACACAGUUAUUCGUGAGGGACUGUACUUGGCGCUUUCUAAAAUUGGCUGCCCUCCAAAGCUCCUUUGUCUAGUUAGAUCCUUCCACCAGAACAUGAAAGGGACAGUGCAGUUUGAUGGAAAUUUGUCUGAGCCUUUUGACAUAUGCAACGGCGUGAAGCAAGGUUGCGUCCUAGCCCCAACCCUCUUUGGGAUCUUUUUCUCAAUGCUCCUUAAACACGCUUUUGGUGAUGUGAAAGAGGACUCAGAGAUUAACAAGAGGAUAGGCAAAGCUGAAGGUACCCUGUCAAAGCUAACUGACAGAGUGUGGGAGAACUCCACAUUGAAAGUGGAGAAUUUGGGGCUAAGUAAGCUUUCCGCUCGAUGUGUCCUGAGGCUGUUGCGUCCAGAUCAGCAGCAAGGAAGAGUAGAUCUUUCAAUGGAAGUUUUGAACAAGUGUGAUGAGGAAUCUGAAGCUUUUCUGCAGAGAAUUGUGACAGGGGAUGAAAGGUGGCUUUACAGUACGAUCCCAAGAACCAAAUUCAAUCAAAGCAGUGGCUGCCCAGGCGUGGAAGUGGAAGCAAAUUCUGAGCGUUCAAGAGAAAAGGCCAUGGCCACUGUCAGAUGA